UGUGUGUGUGUCAGGCUUCCUUCAGUUACUGUACUCAAGGACGGUACUAAACUAUAAAUCAAAUAUAACCCCCAAGCGGGGUUACUUUUAAUAUGCAACCAAGAACAAAAGAUGAGGCUCAUAUGUAACAACAAUUUUAUGUAAACUUUCAAUACUUUCUGUGAAGAACCUUACAAGUAUCAUCUUUUAAGUAAAAUAAACGAUUAAAAUCAAAAUCCAAUUUUGUCGCAACUAAAAAAAUAUAUCCAAAAGAGACUAACAGGGUUUGACAUGUAUGGAGACAAUUCUCAGAAAGUUUGGAAAUUUAAUUCCGUCGGUUCAAAGGAGUAAGGAUUUGAAGACAUGUACGCAAAAAACAUUAUGAAAACCCUGAAUCCAAUAUGGCUACAAAACCACGUGACCAUUGACCAAAGUCAAAGAACAAAACGUGAAGCACCUCAAUCAGCAGACACAUGCAAAGUGAGAAAAUAUUCGAACAAGCAGUUGCGGAGCAAUAGGGCGAAGUAUAUCGUAAGCCAAAUACUUGUUUUUUAGUUAUCUGCCCUUGGUUAUUUGGUCUUUAUUCUUGACAUGCAGCAAAGUAAACCAUAUCUGGAAAUAACUCGAACGCUCGCUGUACGAAAACGGUCAAAUCAAAAUCAAUAUGAACUUUAUUCGUGUUGUGCUUUGUUAUCCAAGUAGAAACAACCCAGUAAACAUCAUUAUUAUGCUUUUCAAAGACCCGAUUUUGAGAAGUAUGCUCAUCAAAGUAUUCUAUCAUUCAAGGUGUUGCAGAAUGAAGUGGAACUGUAUAAUAAUCUUGGUUCUCAGGCACCGCCCGUAUCAUCAUAAAUCACGCCAUACGUUAUGCUUUUCUUUCCAUUUUCAAAAAGAAAGUCCUUAAAUAUUCCGUGUAUCGUACACAUGUCCCCGGCAGUGAAAUACUACAAUACUUCAAAUCAAUGCGAUCCAAUUUAGCGUGCAGUUGCAUCCCUGUACAUGCGCACUGCUUUACUGCGCAUUUCGUGUAAUGGUCAUGGCGGCAAUAUGAGUUUGUGUGCUUGUUAUGCCGUUUGCAAAUUUGGUCAAUGAAAACAUGAUAUUUACGAUAAAAUAUCACCAAACAUGAUGAUAUACAAAUGCAAUGGUAUGUGUGUACUGUAUCCCGGACAAUGUUUCACAGCAAAGAUUAAGAUGACAUGUGUAUGUGUAUUUGUAGUCAAAUACUGUAUUCCAGAAUUUUACUCAUCAAGAAAUACAUUUGUGUAGGUAGGCCCUUUCCCAUGUUGACUGUACACAACUGUUUGGUUACAUACUGGUUUGAACAACCCCAAAGAAAUAGCCACCGCAAGCCGCCACUUUCAAAAGCCAUUGCCAAAUAGCCAUAUACUAUAUAUGAUUACUAAAUGUUCUUCCUUACCAAGCUGUAGUUUAGAUAACACUGUAUAUUGUGUUUCAAAUAUGGUUUGAGACAAUCACACUAGGUUCUAAGACAGAUUCUCUCAUUUCCUCAGGUGGUGUGGAUGAUAAAGAACUGCUUAACCCUGGUGAAGUGGACACUGACCUCAUCGUUGCCUGCAAGGAGGGGAAACUAAAGGCAGUCAAAGACAUCCUGGAUCAGAGUCUGGAGGACAUCAACAAGAAAAGAAAGGCUGUGGUGGGAGGACACCAGUGAUGUGGGCAGCAAGAAGGGGACACAGAGAAGUGCUGGACUUGCUUGUGAGAAAAGAAGCUGAUCUGAAACUUGUGGAUGAUGCCAGUAACAGUAUCCUUCACUGGGCCUGCUAUGGAGGGAAUAUGGCAAUGGUGAAACACAUCAUCUCAAAGAACAUGGUGGACAUCAACAGUAAGGGGCAGGGUGGGAGGUCCCCACUGAUGUGGGCAGCUCGGGAGGGGAAGAGGAAAAUUUUUGAUGUUUUUUUUACUAAAGGGGGUCUUCUAUCAGAUGUGGACAAUGACGGAAACAACAUCCUUCUUCUAGCCUGUUUGGGUGGGAAUGUGAAGAUUGUGAACAACAUCCUUUCCCUUGAUGCUGCAGGCAUCAAUGUUAAAGGACAGUCCAACUGGACACCAUUGAUGGCAGCAGCACACAAUGGACAUGGAAAGGUGUUUGACUUACUUGUGAAUACAGGAGCUGAUCUGACAGUAUUAACCAAUGCCGGUGAUGACGUCCUCCACGUGGCCUGUGUGGGAGGACAUGUGGAUAUUGUUAGCCGUGUCCUCGAGCAAGACAAGUUGGACAUAAACAGUCGAGGCCAAUGCAGCAGGACACCACUGAUGGUGGCAGCAAGCCUUGGACAUAAGCAAAUAUUUGAUUUACUUGUGAAUAAAGGAGCUGAUACAACACUGGGGGAUUUUCAUAGUAACAACAUCCUCCAUCUGGCCUGUGAGGGAGAGCAUCUGGAGAUAGUGCAGUAUAUCCUCAAAGAGAAGAUGGUGGACCCCAACGCCAACAACGACCAUAAUCAAAAAGCAGAGAUGCUGACGACAAACAGAGAUAUACAAUGCAAGAUUCUUCUGUCACGUCAGAGGAUCAGUGCUUGCCUGUAGCCUUAAAAGAGGCUGUACAGUCAUACCCAGUUAUAUUGGUAAUAACAUUGUACAAGCACACUCAUUCUCAGUAAAUCUUCAUCAUAGAACGGAAUUGUUAUCUUGCUUCGUGUAACUUAUGUAAUGAGGCUUGGAGAAUGUAAACACAAGAUUGUCAGCUGUACUGACAGUUAAAGCGCUCGAUUCCAAAUUAAAAUAAGCAGUCUCUACAGUGGGACUACAUGAAAUUUCAAAACACAGUAGGUACAUCUCCUAAGUACCCCCUCAGUUGCAAGUCUAGCAUUUUAUUUAAGAGAAUAUGCAUGAUAUGCAAUAAUAAAGGAGAAGUUACAUCCUCCAAGUUACAGUUGUAAGCAAUCUGUAUUUCCUCAGUACACCUUUCUACAGAGAAGAAAAAUAUGCUGAUUGUCAAUGACUUUACUUUAUACCAAUUUUGCUUUAUAACGAGAAAGGGGAUAUUAAUUCAGCAUGUCCUUCAGGUAUGUAUUUUGAUGUAUGGACUUCAAAGCAAAGACAAGUCAUCUUUGUUGAUGAUAUCAGCAGCUUACUGCGAAUGAACUGAAUUAUUCAGAGUGGCACAGGGCCAGAAACGCUGAAUCUAGAUAAAAGGAAGAACUUGUGGAACAAAUCCCUUGUGUACAUGUAACAGAGUUGAAAAGUAUGUUAUUGGUAAUUAUUUGGUGGUGGAUUUUAAGUUCAAAAUCAUUAAUUUGGUAUUCUCAAGAUACAUGAAUCCUUCCCACAACCCAAUAUGGAUCCCAAAUCCACACUGAGCCUCAUAGUUAGUAUAAGGUUCAUUUUUAAACAAUACGUGUCGUCACAUUUGAUUGUCUUAAGGUUUAUUCAACUAACUUAGGGCCAUUUUGAUUGGUUUAGUAAUGUAAGUGUUUUUCAUGCUUUUAACAUGACACAUACUUAAUCACUUGGCAGGUAACAUUAGGAGAUGGAACAUCUUUUCCUUCCUGGGAAUGAGAAAACAUUUUAGUUUAGUUUAGUUUGUUUCAGUAAAGUUGUUUUGUAAAAAAAACAAAUAUGAAUACAAUGAUUGUAUUGUUUUACACUUUGUAAUAGUAGUUUAAUUAUUCAUGCAAUUUGAUAAUAACUUACCUUUGAACACUUCAAGUGUGUAGUUGUGAAUAACUGUUCAUAGUUUGCAGUUUUGGCAGUUUUGUCUAUGCAGUUAUAUAUUGUACUAAUCGGUAUAUUUGAUAUACUGCAAGUUUGAUUAACGGCAGCUGAUGACCAAGUCCCUGCUCAUGAGACUAUGUAGUUCAGUCCAUAGUUGGUAAUACUGUUGUAUUAAUUCAUAAUAUGGUAAAGUUACAGUAUAAAAAGACAUUGUGCUAAUAUUUCUAUUGUAAUUUAGCAGUCACUUGUCAAUUAUGAUUUUUAAAUGUUUAAUAUUUUGUGAUGUCAUUUGGAUAUUAAGUUAUUCUGUAUGUUUUAUGCCAUUGCAAACAAAUAUGACCAACAUCUAUAACUUGCAACCACUGAUAGGAUUGUAGAUGUAAUUGGCUAUAUCAGUUUCAGUUGGUUUAUCGAUUGUUGUAUUGAAUGUGAAUAAAUUCGAUUCGAUACGUAUUUGAUGUGAUAAUGUUGACAGGACCACUGUGUGAACUAGAUUCAUCCGUUACACGCGGGUGUAGGGAGGCAUUCGUGGAUUUAGGGUGCAAGUUUCAUUUACUCGGAAAUGAGAAAUGCUACCAAACAUGAAGGCCAGCCAGAUAGGAACAGACAUGUGUAGAUGAUGGAGCACAGUCUGCAGUAUGUCUGAUG